UACUUUCGUUCAUGUUAAUGUUCAUUGUUGUGCUUUUAUUUGUUGGUUGAGCAUUUAUAUCCUGUAUAUGAACCCCAAGUUUGAAUUUAUAUCGCGAAUUAUUACUAGGUAAUUAAUUGAAUGCCUCGUACUCGCAGCCGCCAUGCUACUCGAAUUUCGCGACGCAGUCCGCCUCAUGAACCACAUGUCGGGAAUAGUAUUCGACCUGGUUUGAAAAAGAAAGAUUUAUGCGUUGGAUGCAUUGUAUGGCUUCCGGCAAAAUUAGAAAGUGAUGAGUCGCUUGUGUGUAGCCGCGGGGAAAGUUGUUGUAAUGGUAAGAAAUUGGAUGAUGAUGGGUAUAACCAUCCAGUUGUUAUUUUAUGUUAUGAGGGUACAAUAUGUUCUAUUGCGAUGGUAAUGAUUCCUUUAAUUUUCAUUAACAAGCUAUAUGUAUAAUUGAUAGUUUGGAGUUAAGUAGAAGCUAAUAAACACCAAUAUGAUCAGAUAACCUCUAAAACACGCAAGAAAUAUCAUGUCGCAACUCGCAUCCCCAUAUCCCAAAAACCCCAAGAUAUGGACGACGUCGAUCCUGAAGUUAAAUUGUAUCUCGAAAUAGGGGAAAUGAAUAAACAAUCCUUUAUCAUCAUCGAACAUCUCUUCCCAAUUCCACUCUCCAUGCUCCGAUCCAUUAGCUUCAAGCCUGACUCUAGAGCUUUCGAUACGAGACUUUGUAAACAAAGUUCUAUAGAUUUGGCGAAUAUGUUCAAUUUAAACGAGACCAGAGUGAAAUGGGUAGACACAGUGAUUGUGAAAGCGAAGGAGGCGAAUAUUGCGGAGAGAAGACAGCGAAGGCAAAAAGUAAAAAGAGUAACUUUUAGCGAUCCAUGGGAGGAAAUCAGGGGAAAUACGACUGAAGCGAAUCUCACAACUCCGAAUCAAAGAAGUCAAUCUGAACCCACAUCAUCCGUAACUUCUAUCCCCACUUUCCCAGCAACCAGGGAUCCCCAAACACAAACAACUCCCUCUGAACCAUUCACUCGAGAAUGGUUUACCUACGACCACGCCACAGAUCGCUAUAUCCAGCGCGAGCUCACAGCAGAAAGACAAUCACUCCUCCAACAUCCAUCACCUUUCCCCAACAAUCCAUCGCCAGUCCAACAGUCAUGGCACCAACAAUACCACACAGUUACCCCAUCACGUCCCCCUCGCUCAAACUAUCACGCCACGCUCCCAUCUGUUGAACGCUACGAUCGUUCGCAUUGGGAGUCACGAAUACGAAACAGUAAUACUAGGACGCGUGAUUUGGAGCGUGGCAGAGCACACAGUGUGGGAGAUGGGGGCGAGGGUGGUUGUAAUGGAGGCUUUUUUGUCCAGAUUGUGGUUGUGUUUUUGGGAGUUGUGGGGUUUAUUGGGUGGUUGUAUGGUAAGUGAAUAUAAGUGGGAAGUGGAGAUGUGUGUGAAUUUAUGUGGAGAAAAGAAUUAUUUGAGGUCAGGACAUGAUGAAAUGAGACCUGGGAAAGUGAUAUUCCAACAUUUGCAUUGCUUGGCGAAGUAUUUUGAUGGAUAUAAGGCGUUUGGGCUUGAGGAUAUUGGUUAGGAUCCUAAUUGGCGGGAGACUGAAGAGAUGGAAAGUAGUGAGGACAUAAUGGGGCAUGUAUAAGCAUUUUAAUGCCGUGGGACAGGGGACAGUCAUGAUGAGGAUUCGGCGCUUGAGUUUUCCUUUUUUGCGUUUUAAAUACCAUGGGGGUGAACAGUGUAUUUUCCCGUCUCAUGCUAGUUUAUAUUCAAGUACAACAUUAUCUAUGCUGUGUUUUUG